AUGGCUCAACCAGCGUCCUACACGAACCCGCUGAAGAAGUUCAAGCUGGUCUUCCUCGGCGAGCAGAGCGUCGGCAAGACGUCUUUGAUCACCCGCUUCAUGUACGACUCAUUUGACAACACCUACCAAGCCACUAUCGGAAUCGACUUCUUGUCAAAGGUUGCUACUAUCAUUCGCCAUACUGCAAACCAAUACUCGUACUUACACCUUCCCUCANNGACAAUGUACCUCGAGGACCGCACCGUACGCCUACAGCUCUGGGACACCGCUGGACAAGAGCGUUUUCGUAGUCUGAUUCCUUCAUACAUCCGCGACAGCAGUGUUGCCGUCGUCGUUUACGACAUCACCUCGGCCAAGUCCUUCCAGCAAACCCGCAAGUGGGUCGACGACGUUCGCGGCGAGCGUGGCUCCGAUGUCAUCAUCGUCCUCGUCGGCAACAAGACCGAUUUGAACGACAAGCGCGAGGUCACCACCCAGCAAGGAGAGGAAGAGGCCAAGAAGCACAAUCUCAUGUUUAUCGAGACAAGCGCAAAGGUCGGACACAACGUGAAGCCUUUGUUCAAGAGGAUAGCACAAGCACUGCCUGGUAUGGAGAGUGAGCAGAACCAGACACCCAACCAAAGUACGUUUACCUGCCCGGAUGCUAUUCUGACCAGAUCCGCUGACCGAAUCUUGCANGUGAUCGAUGUAAACAUCAACCCAGGCCCUACGACAGACAACUCGAGCUGCGCCUGCUAA